CUCUCUCAACUCUAUGCAGUACAAGAAGAUAUAAUUGUCAUAAUUGUGUGCAUAAAAUAUAUAAGCUUUGUGGGUUUUUCUUUUUGAGGUCCUAUGAGAUCUACUGCCUGUGUAAGACUUGGUUUAGAUAAAGAUUGGCGAGCAACUGAACACAAACAAUAUAAGAGAAAAGGAAAGCUCUGAGCUUCAUAGGAAGGUGUAUCAGACUAAUGUUGCUUUCUGAAGCAGGAUUUCAUGUAAGAGGCAGAGUAUAAAGUGAUACUAGUUGAAGUUUGUUGAGUGUUUCUUAGUUCUGCGUUGUAACUAUAUUGUGGAGAUAGAUAGAGAACUUGAUGGGGUAUACAUUCUACUCUGCAAUGGCAUCCGAUUGGGAAUGAUUGAAAGCAUCAGAUUAGUAUCUGAUGAUCACAGUUGGUUGCUUAGAGAUUGAACAUGUAGUAGUCCUGUCAAAAGAAGUUAGGUUUGAUCUGCGCAAGUGUACUGGAAUAGACUGGCCAGCGUACCAGGAGCUUCAUUGGAUGUGUUUUUGUUUAGGGAUUGUGGUACACAGAGACAAUAGCAUCGUUCAUGUAUUGUGACAUACAUAGUUGUUACUAGUGAGCAGCGCCUUGUCACAUCUAUCAGAACACUGAGAAUUUACCUCGAUUUGGAUAUUGCACUCAUACAAAUUACCUGAGGUUGUAUUCAAUUGGUGUUCCUGUGGCUUGAAAGUGUUUAUCAAUAGUCCUCCUAUAUUAGUUCUUUGGGGCCUCAUCACUCCUCUUCUUUAGUGUCCUUAAAUUGCCCUCUUCCCUGUUGAGCUCCUGUCACUCCUUAUCGAUUUCAUCAUUAACGUUCCUCUAUCUUUCCUUCUUUUUUUUUUCACAAGGAGUGGCUAGCUCAGUUGGCAGUUCUAGUUGGUUCAGUAAUUCAGGAAGUCCCUCUGAAAGCAGAACAGAUCCUUUUUAUCUCCACAAAAGAAGAUCAUUGUACUGCAAUUUCGCCUGUCCAAGAGUCUGAUUGCUAACAUGGAAUCUGCUAGCUCUAAUGCUAUCAUUACACCAGGUGUUGUCCAUCAGUUGCUUCCUGUUGCUGGACCCAUACUUCUGAUUGCAGUUGGAUAUCUUGACCCUGGAAAGUGGGCGGCAACUGUUGAGGCAGGUUCUCGAUAUGGUACUGAUCUGGCUGCAGUGAUGUUUAUAUUCAAUUUGGCUGCCAUUCUGUGUCAUUAUCUGUCUGCGCGGAUUGCUGUGGUUUCUGGAAGAGAUCUUGCACGGAUUUGCAGUGAGGAGUAUGACAAGGCUACGUGCAUAUUCUUAGGCGUACAAACAGAGAUGUCGGUGAUUUUGUUGGACCUUACUAUGAUCCUCGGUAUGGCACAUGGACUUAAUCUUCUGUUUGGAUGGGACUUGUUCACCUGUGUGUUUUUGACUGCUGCAAAUGUUGUUUUAUAUCCUCUUUUUUCCACCCUCCUGGAAAAUUGCAAGGCAAAAUUCCUUUCCUUGUGCAUAUACAUUGUAGGAUUUAUACUGCUUUCCUUUGUUCUUGGAGUAUUUAUCAGUCAACCACAAAUGCCGCUCUCCAUGACUGGGCUGUUAACAAAAUUGAGUGGGGAAAGUGCUUUCUCUCUGAUGAGUCUUCUUGGAGCAAGUAUAAUGCCCCACAGUUUUUAUCUUCAUUCUUCUAUUGUACAGCAGCAUCAGCAACAACCGACUGUUACUAAGGAUGCCUUGUGUCAGAACCAUUUUGUUGCCAUAUUCUGCAUGUUUAGUGGUAUUUAUCUGGGGAAUUAUGUUCUGAUGACCUUAGCAGCAAAUGCAUUCUACUCUUCACGUGGUUUGCUUACUUUUCAGGAUGCAAUGUCCCUAAUGGAACAGGUCUUUUGGGGCCCAGUAGUACCUGUUGCGUUCGUGCUAGUUCUUUUUUUAUCUAAUCAAAUCACAACAUUAAGUUGGAGCCUGGGUGGACAAGUAGUCUUGAAUGAUUUUUUGAAACUAGACCUUCCCGGUUGGCUUCACUGUGCUACAAUCAGAAUCAUUGCUGUUGUUCCUGCUCUGUACUUUGUUUGGAGCUCAGGUGCUGAGGGGAUGUAUCAAUUGCUUAUAUCUACACAGGUGUUGGCAGCCUUGCUAUUGCCAUCUUCUGUGAUCCCUCUUUUUCGUGUUGCUGCUUCAAGACAAAUAAUGGGAGCCCAUAAGAUUUCUCAGUUUGCUGAAUUCUCUGCCCUCAUUACUCUUAUUGGGAUGCUUGGAUUAAAGCUUGUCUUUGUAGUGGAAAUGAUUUUUGGGAAUAGUGACUGGGUGGAUAAUCUGAGAUGGGAUGCUGGGAGUAGUAUGUCUGUACUUCUCAUCACUGCUUCUGCAUCAUUUUGCUUGAUGAUUUGGUUGGCAGCUACACCAUUAAAAUCUGCAAGUGCUCGAAUAGAAAACCAGGUGUGGAACUGGGAUAUGCCUAAGGGUGUAUCAGAGCCAUUUAGAAAUAAAGAGGAGAUGGAUAUAGCUGAACCUAAUUAUCAUAGAGAUGCAAGUAUAGAGAAGCAUGAACCUAACUAUCAUAGGGAUGCAAGUAUACAGAAGCAUGAACUUAACUAUCAUAGAGAUGCAAGUAUACAGAAGCAUGAACCAUCACCAUUAUCUGGGAAGGUUUUGGAUAGAGAUUCAGAAACUGUGGCUGCACAAAAUGAUUUUGUUCUGCCGGAAACUCUUUUGGAGCCUGAUAAGGAGUUUCAGCCAACUAGCGUAGAGGAAAACAGAUCUCAUGGUACAUAUCCUCACUCCCCCACAUGCAGUGAGGAACCCACAUCUGUAGUGGAAUCAGUUGGCAUCCCCACUGUGGCUAUUGAGGUGUCUGAUGUCACAUUACUGGGCACCAGUACUGUGAAAUUUGAAUCAACAGAGCCAGGUGAGAAGACCCUUGCAAGUGAAGGGAACUUGCCAAUUGAAAAAGAUGAUGACGAGGGAGAUACCUGGGAAGCUGAAGAUUCCUUGAAAGAGGUGUCUGGGAACACCAUUUCAUUGACAUCAGAGGGUCCAGGAUCAUUCAAGAGUCUCAGUGGAAAAGGUGAUGAAGGGGGAAGUGGUGCUGGAAGCCUUUCAAGAUUAGCAGGGUUGGGGCGUGCUGCUAGACGUCAAUUAGCUGCUGUACUUGAUGAGUUUUGGGGACAACUUUAUGAUUUCCAUGGAAAUGUAAUUCAAGAAGCAAGGGCUAGGAAACUGGAUCUUCUGUUGGGGCCAGAUUCAAAAGCCGCUUCUGCUGCUUCCGCUUUGCUGAAAGAUGAUACCAUUGCGAAGGAAGUUUCUGGAUACUUUCCAUCUGUGGGAAGCAAAGCAUCUGAGCCUGUAAUCAACUCGAGUUUAUAUGACUCUGUUAAUCAGCAGAGGAUGCAAAACAGUUUAGAGUCAUCAUAUGGGGCUCAAAGGGGACCUUCCUCAUUGUGGUCUGGCCACAUGCAAUUGCUGGAUGCUUAUGUCCAAAGUUCAAGCCGCAAUAUUAUUGACUCGGGUGAGAGGCGCUAUUCAAGUGUGCGGAGUAUGCCAUCAGCAGACUUGAGUGAGAGGCGCUAUUCAAGUGUGCGCAGUUUACCAUCUUCUGACAUGGGUGAGAGGCGUUAUUCAAGUGUUCGCAGUAUACCAGCUUCUGACUUGGGUGAGAGGCGCUAUUCAAGUGUGCGCAGCAUACCAUCUACUGAGAGCUAUGAUUACCAGCCAGCCACAGUACACGGUUAUCAGAUGUCAUCAUAUCGUAACGACAGAAAUUCUGGAAACUUAAUUGGUCAAAUGGAGUCACCGGCCCUAAAUUCUGGUUCUGCAUUGGGUGCUGGGAACUUAAUUGGUCAAAUGGAUUCACUUGCAUUUACCAUGGGGCAGAAGUUGCAAAGUGGGUUAGGCUCUGUUCAGGCCACCAGUUUUCAGAACCUUACGGUAUCUCGACAUAGUCCGGUGCAAUCUGAAGGGCCAUAUUAUGAUGUACACUCUUCUGGAAUUUCUGAGAAUGCAGUAAACUCAGCCAAUGCAAAGAAAUACCACAGUUCACCUGACAUUCAUCGCAUGUCUAAAAAAACUGCUCAGCUGGAUGCUCCCCCUGGGUUUGGGAUAACAGGUUAUGAAUCAUCCUUGUAUCCAAAGUCUGGUGCUCGGAGAGGAGGUCCUUUGGCAUAUGAUCAAUUCUCUCCAUCAAAAGUAUAUAACAAUGUUCUAUCAUCCCAACAGAAUUCUAUUUAUGGUACUGGAUCCCUCUGGUCUAGACAGCCUUUUGAGCAAUUUGGCGUAGCUGAUAGUAAUCGUUCUAUCACGACUGCAGUUAGUAAUAGAGCUGGUUCUCCAGGACAGGAAGCUAUGUCACUUGCAGAUUCAGAGGCAAAGCUUCUUCAGUCUUUUAGACACUGCAUUGUGAAGCUUUUGAAGUUGGAAGGGUCCGACUGGUUGUUCAGACAGAAUGAUGGAGUAGAUGAGGAUCUGAUAGAUCGUGUGGCUGCCAGGGAGAAAAUUCUUUAUGAAGCUGAAACUAGAGAGAUUAACCGAACAGUUCAGAUGGGUGAAACUCCAUACCCUUCUUCUGACAGGAAGUCUGCUUCUGCAAUAAAAAUGAAUGACGCAAAUCUCACUCAUCUUGUGGUUUCCUCGGUUCCUAAUUGUGGGGAAGGUUGCAUCUGGAGAUCUGAUCUAAUAGUCAGCUUUGGGGUCUGGUGUAUACAUCGGAUUCUUGAUUUAUCCCUUAUGGAAAGCCGGCCAGAGCUCUGGGGGAAAUAUACUUACGUUCUCAAUCGACUUCAGGGCAUUAUUGAUUCUGCGUUUUCUAAGCCUCGUUCUCCAAUGUCUCCAUGCUUCUGCCUUCAAAUUGCAGCAGCAGCAGCAGCACAGCAGCAGAAGUCUAGUCCAACAUAUUCUAAUGGAAUGUUGCCCCCUGCUGCAAAACCAGCUAGAGGAAAAUGCACUACAGCUGUAACGCUCCUGGACAUAAUCAAGGAUGUGGAGAUUGCAAUCUCUUGUCGAAAGGGCCGAACGGGGACAGCAGCCGGUGAUGUGGCUUUCCCAAAGGGAAAAGAAAAUCUGGCAUCUGUCCUCAAACGCUACAAACGGCGAUUGUCCAACAAACCUGUUGGCGGUCCAGAGGGGAUUUCUGGUUCACGCAAGGGUGCUCCAGCAUCUACUCCAUAUGGAUCAUAGCUUUCAGUUUCAGACUCCAGUGUGUGUAUCUUAUCUGGGUUAUUGAGCUGUUAUGAUUUUGGACAACGGCUCGUCCUUCAGCUCAAAUUGCUCACCCGAGCAGGGAAGGGCUGCUCUUUCAAAUCAAACUGCUUAGUCAAAUCAAUUUCUCUUGCUGUAUCAAAGCCGUUGCUGCAAAAUUGUAUUUCCUUGUAUGUCAACAUAUACAUAGGGUAAGAACCGCUGAAUCUGUAACUGCAGCCUCAUCAAAGAAAUUGGAUAGAAGGUUAAAAGUUGGUUAUUGCAAUUCUAGUGUUGCUUGCUUCU